GAAAAUUAAUGGCGAAAUGAAAGAAAAAGAUUCAACAAUAGAUACUUCUCUAUUUCUUGACACGAUAUUCAAAUCAUUCUAUGAGGGAAAAGAAUAUACGGAACAAGAUAUUCGAGACGAGAUAAAUACAAUAGUUACAGCUGGAAGUGAUACAAGUUCUAUUUCAAUUACUUUUGUGUUGCUAAUGUUAGCUAUUUAUCCAAACAUUCAAGAACAAGUAUACGAAGAGCUCUAUCAAAUAUAUGGUUCUUCCGAUCCAGUAGAUGAAAAUACUUCAUAUCAAGAUACUAAGAAUUUAAAAUUUUUGGAAAGAGUGAUCAAAGAGACUUUUCGUCUUCUCACACCUGUUCCUUUUAUAGCACGAAGUGUAUGUGAAGAUAUACAAGGUUGGAACUUUGCAAUGACUGAAAUUAAAGUCGUAGUUGCUACUGUAUUGAGAAAAUUUUCUGUUCAUGUAGAUGUCCCACUAAAAUUGGAAGACAUAGCUGUACAAAUGGGUAUAACAAUGAAACCUACGAAAAAGAUUUUUUUAAGGUUUAAGAAGCGAUAAUAUUUAUUAUUAUUGUUAUUAUUUUUUUAAUCUUUUAAGAAAUUGUUUUAAAAUAAGCUGUCUGAAAACAUUUCUUAUGUCUUACCAGUCUUUAAUGUUAUCGGUAUUUUUAUUUUAAAUUAUAAAUGAUUCAAUAGAUUUAUUAACGAAAAAAAAUAAUUAUUAGAGGAGUAAGGGGUUUAAAUAAUUAUUAUUAUUAUUUAGGGGAGUAAGGGAGUAAGGGGUUGUGAAGUAUACUAAUGAGAAUGUAUAGGUAAACUUUUAAGAGAAACUGUUUGCACCAUGUUAAUCUUUAUAAUUCUAGAAUAGUCAAAUAUAUCUUUUAUUAUUAAUAAUAAAAA